AUGAAGAUCACCACACUCAUUCUUUUGUUCUCCUGCAGAUUAUGCAGUGGUGUAGACCCUCCCGUUCUUAGCGGUAAAGAAGCAGAUGUUAAAAGUGGACCUAAGGAGACUGGACUGAGACAAUCACCUCUAUCAUCUCCAUCCGGUGGUUCACAUGCCAGUAGACCUGGUCUGAAUGUUCAAAGGAAUCCACCUCCUAGAUCUGGAGGACUCAUGGAGACAACAACAAGAGGUACUCUUCCGGGAGCAAAACCUACUGGUACACAAACUGCAGUUGGAAGGAGUACUACUAAAGUAACCGUAAACUCCAGGUAUAAUACUCAUCCAGACAUUGAGGAUAUUGGCGAGGAUCUGGAAGAAGAUUUAAAGCAUGUCAAGGCGUAUCAUGAGAAUAGACAAGAAGCUAUCAAGACUACCCUUGAGGCAACUACUGAUGCUACAGAGCCUAAAGAGAAGCAGGUGCACCCAGAAGAGACUGGGAAGUUCCUGAUGGAGACUUGGACCAUAGGAUUCAUCCAUCCUCAGUCCUUAACGUCGCCAAAGGACCAAAGCCCAGUGAUGUAUACUCAUUCACAGGAUAUUGAGAGACUAUAUGGCCCAUUUCAACGUAAACAUUUCGCUAUUCCGGUCCCUUGCGAUUUUGCUGCCUGGAUUUCGGGAUUCAACCAGUUUCCAUACUAA